AUGAGCACCUGGUUCCUGGCCUGCACCUGCGUCUGCACCUGUGUCUGCUCGGGAGUCUCUGUCUCGGGGGAUGGACGAGGGCCAAACUUCACCUGCCUCACCAACAACAAUCUCAGGAUCGAUUGCCACUGGUCUGCCCCAGAGCUGGGCCAGGGCUCCAGCCCCAGGCUCCUCUUCAUUAGCAAGCAGGCUCCUGGUGGCACACAUAAGUGCAUCUUGUGGGGCAGUGAGUGCACUGUCGUGCUUCCACCCAAGGCGGUGCUCCUGCCGUCUGACAAUUUCAUCAUCACUUUCCACCACUGCACGUCUGGGAGGGAGCAGGUCAGCCUGGUGGAGCUGCAGUACCUGCCCUGGAGACACGUGAAGCUGGACCCGCUCUCUGACUUGCAGAGCAUCCUGACCUGGAGCAUCAGUCCUGCCUUGGAGCUGAUGACCACACUUCUCAGCUAUGAGCUGGGCUUCAAGAGGCAGGAGAGGUAA